AUGGGUCAAAAAGCAAAAGAUACUCUGGGGGUGCGCCCUCAGAGUCGGUCGGGGCGUUCGCCCAGUCGCUCUCCCCGGCCCAAGGACCGCAAGAAGCAGGAGACAGUCAAGGCCAAAUCUUAUGCUUCGGACGGUGUGAAGGAAAACGACAUCUUCAACCUGCCCGGCUCCGAUUAUAAGCUGCUUGCACUAGUGACGCUCAUUGCUGCGGCUGUUCGUCUGUUCCGAAUCUACCAGCCCACCAGCGUGGUCUUCGAUGAAGUCCAUUUCGGCGGCUUUGCGUCCAAAUACAUCAAAGGAAAAUUCUUUAUGGAUGUUCACCCCCCACUCGCCAAGCUCCUGAUUACACUGGCGGGCUGGCUGGCGGGCUUCGACGGAGAGUUUGACUUCAAGGACAUUGGCAAGGACUACCUGGAGCCCGGUGUGCCCUAUGUUGCCAUGCGCAUGCUUCCGGCCAUCCUGGGUGUUCUCACUGUCGGCUUAAUGUUCCUUACUCUGAAGGUCACCGGCUGCCGUACCUCGACUGCGGUGAUGGGCGCUGGCGUUGUUAUCUUCGAUAAUGCUUUGACCGCUCAAUCCCGCCUGAUCCUUCUGGAUUCUCCGCUGGUUUUCUUCACCGCACUUACGGCCUUGACAUUCAGCUGUUUCACCAACCAACAUGAACUGGGACCGUCCCAUGCCUUCCGUGGACCAUGGUGGUUUUGGCUGGUUGCGAGUGGUCUCUCCCUUGGAGCUACCCUCAGCGUCAAAUGGGUUGGACUUUUCACCAUGGCCUGGGUUGGAUCUCUCACGAUCCUCCAACUGUGGGUGCUGGUGGGCGACCCGAAGAAUGUAACCCCGCGGCUGUGGUUCAAGCACUUCUUCGCUCGUGCUUUCUGCCUUAUCGUCAUUCCCGUGGCCUUCUACAUGGCUAUGUUUGCCAUCCACUUCGCUUGCUUGGUCAACCCUGGAGAGGGUGACGGCUUCAUGUCGUCGGAAUUCCAGGCAACUCUAAACGAAAAGGGAAUGAAUGAUGUCCCGGCGGAUGUCUCCUUUGGGGCGAGGAUCAGCAUGCGCCAUCACAACACGCAGGGUGGUUAUCUGCACUCUCACCCCCAUAUGUACCCAACGGGAAGUCAGCAGCAGCAAGUCACCCUCUAUCCCCACAAGGACGACAACAACGUCUUUAUCAUGGAGAAUCAGACCCAGCCUCUGGGAGAAUAUGGCGAGAUCGCGGGUCCUUACGCCUGGGACAACCUGACCACGGAACACAUUACGGAUGGUUCGGUUAUCAAGCUCUACCACGAGAGCACACACAGGCGCAUCCACUCGCACGAUGAGCGCCCUCCUGUGACUGAGGCUGAUUGGCAGUUUGAGGUCUCCGCCUAUGGAUAUGAGGGUUUCCCGGGUGAUGCGAACGACUUGUUCCGGGUCGAAAUUAUCAAGUCCAUGUCCGAGGGCGAGGAAGCUAAGAAACGCCUCCGGACCAUUCAGACCAAGUUCAAGUUGGUGCACGUCAUGACCGGUUGCGUUCUGUUCUCUCACAAGGUCAAGCUCCCGGAUUGGGGAUGGGAGCAACAGGAGGUGACCUGCGCUCGCAGUGGUUCUCUGCCCAACAGCGUCUGGUAUAUCGAGUCCAACAGCCACCCCAUGAUGCCUGAGGAUGCAGAGCGAGUGAACUACCGCAAUCCAGGCUUCCUCGGUAAGUUCUGGGAGCUGCAGAAGGUGAUGUGGACCACAAACGCGGGUUUGGUCGAGUCUCACGCCUGGGACUCCCGUCCCCCAUCCUGGCCGAUCCUCUCUCGUGGCAUCAACUUCUGGGGCCGGGAUCACCGCCAGAUCUACCUCCUGGGUAACCCGCUUAUCUGGUGGUCGUCCACUGCUGCCCUUGGUAUCUAUGCUGUCUUCAAAGCCUUCGCCAUCCUCCGUUGGCAGCGAAGCUGUGGAGACUACAACCACGUCUCCUUCAAGCGCUUCGACUAUGAGGUGGGAACUAGCGUUCUGGCUUGGAUGUUCCACUACCUCCCCUUCUACCUGAUGGCUCGCCAGCUCUUCCUGCACCACUACCUUCCGGCUCUCUAUUUCGCCAUAAUGGUCCUCUGCCAAGAGUUUGACUUUGUACUCAAUCGAUUCCAGCGCCUCGGUCUCUCUUCGAAGCCUGCGAUCGGCAAGACGUUGAUGGCAGUAUUCUUGGGUCUGUCUGUUGCCGUGUUCGCGCUUUACUCCCCUCUUGUCUACGGUAACCCCUGGACCCGGGAUGCUUGCAACCGAGUGAAGCUUCUGGGCUCUUGGGACUUUGACUGCAAUACCUUCCACACCGACCUGAGCCAGUAUGUGACUCCCUACGGUGUCACGAACGAGGCUAUUCCGACGACACCGGUUGCCCAGGUCCCCCCUCAGGGACAACCAGCCCAUGAAGCUGUCCAGGAGCCGAGCGAAGCUGCCGUCACCGACCACCCCAUCCCAGGCGACAAGGCCCGCAUCGAGUACCGCGACCAGAACGGCAACCUCCUCCCAGAGGACUUGGUCAAUUCGCUUCGUGCAGAGGGUAAGGUCAAGUUCGAGACCCGCUACGAAGCCAACGCCAAAUUGGAGCACGGCCACGAGGUCGAUGUGGUCGAUGGCAAGAUCGUCCACCCCCCGCAUCCCGACGUUGAGGGCCAGAACCCCGAAACUCACGGAAACUCGGAGGCUCCGGAGAGCCCUGCCUCGGCGCCGGGCAAUGAGCCGUCGGUGGAGUGGCAAGGUUCUCAGGAGGCCAAGCCCGCCAGUGAGGGGAACGAGGCCACUCAGCAGUGA